ACACAGCUUAGUGUAGGUGUUACUCAUCUCAUCUUCUUCACUCUGCUAAUGUGCAAUGAUGGCCAUGUGUUGACUCCUCAGUACACACCAUCAUGAGUUUCCAGAUCUGCAGAGUUGGACUGAGGGCAAAUACAAUGAAUUUUAAUCCGCUGCUGCUGCUGGUGUUUGCGUCUUUCCAGAAGGCAAAUUUUCAGGUGUCUGAAUGGAUUGAGGAGGUAGAAGGUAGUGUAGGUGAGACAGAAUGGAUUCCACACCCAGAUUUUUUAGGGGAUAUCUACUGGACGGGGACAGCCCCGCUUUGCUUAGGAGGCUGCAAGGCCCGCCACCAGGAGCUCAGACGAGAUCCCUGCGGUGACUCCAGCUGCUGCUGGUUGGGAUACAAGUCACUGUGCCGAGUGAACUGCGGGAGGCCAGAUGUGGACUAUAAUGGCAUCGUGUAUGGAAAUGACUGGUGGGUGGGAUCCGUGGUGAAGUACACCUGUCGUCCUGGCUUCGUUCUGGUGGGAAACGCGACCAGAACUUGCCAGUCGAAUGGCCUCUGGACUCCCAAACCUUCCUGUCUAAGGAUGUGCAAAAAGGGCUCCAUUGAAAUCAGUGAGAGGGAACUCAACGGGACGUGCAACUCCACCUGUGCAUAUAAGAGCUACGCGGGGCCUCCCAAGCUAGGCUGCACUCAGAUACACAACUGCAAGAAGAAGGAGACAGGCUGGAAGCGCUUCUUUGCUCAGUGUGUCCCUUGCAUCUGUGACUGUGCUUUGUCAUGCUUAUCUACAGGCUGAGCGCGGCAUCAGAUCAGAUGGACAACAUGUGGAUGCACAUGGUAAUGUUUGAUGACAGCAACUUUGUUUUACAAUCUUUUGUUUGGAUGAGACAAUAUUUGGUUUCAAUAAGUUUCCAAGUAGUGAAAUGCACCUUUCUUUGGGUAUUCAGUGCAACAUAAUGUAUCAUUUGUGUGUUUCUAUGCAUUUCUAUGGGCUGGACACACCAGAGAGGAGUGAAUGCAUUUAUAUUAGUAGCUCCUGCUCCUGCUCCAUCUGUUCCUCUGGGAGCUGAAACCUUAAUCUCAUUGCAAAAAAGGAGGAGCUCCACUCUGGAAGCUCAGGGAACACAUUUGACACGGAAGCAAUAUUAUGGAUUGCUGUUUAUUUUUUGAAAGAGAAUGAAUUUGUAUUUUCAGCUUUUAUUGAUAAAUGUGAAAUAUAUUGUAUUGGUCUCAACACUGGCUUGUAAAAUGCACAGUCUGUCCCUAAUGAUCAUGUGUUAUCAGCGUUAACCACCAGAGGCUGCUGUUUCUUUUCGUAACUCCUACUCAUCCACAUCACAGCACUCAUCAACUUUCCUAAAACAUAAGCCAUUAAAGAAAAAAAGGUCAUGUGACUUCUUCUACUUCACUCUGAAGGUCUCUUGAAUCUAUUUGGACCAAGUACUGAACCUCAGCACGAUGUGUUCAUUUUCUGAUGGGGUAUAGCAUCCAAUUCCUGUACAGACAAAUGAACAAAUAUGUUAGUUUGUAAUAUUUUAAAAGGAAAUGACACUGUGUUCCUUCCCAGCUUGUGUAUAAAACACAACCAAAAAAGGGUGUGGCGGUGGCAACAGCCAAUGAAUUGCUUUUUAUCAUGAAAGAGUAAACAGUCUGGGGUAAGCAAAACACAGUUUGGGGGGGGUCUCAUCAGGAUUGGACAAAAGUCAAGUUGUGAUAUGUGAAUUUCAAAGUAGGACCCUUAUUUAUAUUCCUUAUCUUUCAGUUUUGUCGCCUUUUGUAAAGCCCUCUAAACAUAUAAUAAUACCCAUAUGGUCACUUUAACAUUUUGUAUUACUUGUGAAAGUGUUGCAUAUAUGUGGACGACAGGAAGUGACAUUGGGGGUUCAGAGUUGAGUUUUAGCUUAGCAUGGAUUACAACUGUAACAGUAGCUUGUAUUAUGAUUAUUUUUAUGAUUAUUUGUUAUUAUUGUGCUGUUUGUGAUAUAACUAAAGCCUGUUGCAAUUCUCGUGCUGGUCUCGCCGAAUAUUAAAGUUACUGACACCAACUGAGCAGUGUAA